CCUAUGUAUGCUUAUAAUCUGGAUAUAGGCACAUAUGCUGAUAUAUAUCCAUGGUUUAAAACUUCAGAAAUAUAUCGUUUUCUAUUAUAAUUUUCAUUAUAUUGUGUACACUUGUGUGUAGCUUUAAUUAUGGAGUAUAAAACAAAUCAUCUUAAGAAAUCAGCCAAAUUCCAUAUACGUGUGACGGGCCACAUUGUCGGGGUUGACCGUUGUCAUGCUAGAACAUGUCAGCAUCAUUUUCAGUAUAUAUCUUAUGAUUUUUUCUUAACUAAUAUUCAAAUAACAUACAUUAAAUCUUAAUUAGAUACAGAUGAAAGAUGACUUAAUAAGAUGGUUUUUGUUCUUCUUCAUAUUUAUUCAACAUAAAAACUUUAAAUUUUACGUAAAAAUAAAUAAACAAAACAAAAAAAGUUAAGUCCUUUCGUUACACCAAGUGCCUCUCUACGUUACAUACCGAUCACUAGAGCUGGAAUGACGUGAAAAUUUGAAAAUAUGUGCACAGCUCAAUUAGAGUGUGACACACACAAUUUUUUAUUUUUUAGUCAAAAAUCUUUAGAAUCGCAUAUCAACCAAUAUAUGAUAAUAUGUUCCAAAUUAAUAUUUUCUCCUAGUAUAUGGAUCGACAACCCUGACGCACCCAUUUAAAAGUCGAAUAUAUUUCUCGCAUUAUAUUUUCUCGUAUUAUAUGGAUAAAUACAUUUUUCCGCAGUCUCUACUGUAUUUGUUGGCUCAUUCCGAAAAAUAUAUAUGUUUAUUUGCUCAUUGAUUAUAACCUGCACAAACAAAAUACUUUCAUUGAUUAAUGAAGACGUUAACCAGUCUUAUUCAGGUUGCUUGAUAAUGAAUUGCAUUUAUAGGGUAAAAUGAUUAUUUCCUUAGAUGUUCAAAGGUAUAUGAUUUUCAUUUUGUUCGGAUUUUUUAGAAGGUAAGAUGAUUGUUUUAAUCGAAGUUCAGUGGUAUUUAGAUUUUAAUUUCGGUUUUAAUUUUUGUUCUUUAGAAAUGUACCAAACUACAACUGAACUCUUUAGUUUAAUUCGGUAAAAUAUCAGGUAUAUUAUACUUUUGUGUAGCAAAUCAUAUAUGUUAAAUUUUUGUUUUUAAUGUUUCAGUCAAGUUUAUAUUGCCCCAUCCCUAUUAAAUUGUAUUUAAGAAAACAUUAUGUCAAAAGAAUUGUUUUGUAUAUAUUCAGAGUACAAAAGACAUAAAUAGAUUAACUAUAAGUUCAAGAUUAUGUUUAAAGAAAAUCUAUAGGAGUUUUAAGUAGUAGAACGCUGUUGAUAUUCAAAUCCUCCAACAUUAAUCUAGAUGAAACGAAGGCAAGAUGAUUGAUCAAGAAAAUUAAUAUAAUAUGACUCAUACUAUAUUAGUGGUUGGUUUUGUGUAUAGCUUCUUCCUUUCCUACUAGCUAUAGUUAAAGCUUUUCUGGCAUAUCAAUUAAAUAUUAUUGGAACUUCAAACUUUAUCAUCUAUGCAUCAUAAUUGAAAUUUAUCAUUUUAUCAUUGUAGUUUUUCUACUUUCCUCAAUCCUAAUCGAUUGCAAAUUUUAUUAAAAUAGUUAUAAUGAACAAGACAGGUGUAGGCCACUAAAUAGACAAUGUGAUAUCAUAUGAUAUUAUUAUAUGAAACCCACCCACCUUUAUCUUCGUCUUUAUAAAACUUCCCCGAAGCUAGUGCUCAUCCAUUCUUAAAGCUACUCGAGAUCAAUUAUAAUCAUCAUUCAUUAAAAGACAAUGACUGGCUCUGGCUCUCCAUGUGGAGCUUGCAAGUUCUUAAGAAGGAAAUGUAUAUAUGGAUGUGUGUUUGCUCCAUACUUUUGCCAUGAUCAAGGAGCAUCUCAUUUUGCAGCCAUUCACCAAGUAUUUGGAGCCAGCAAUGCUUCCAAAUUGCUCUCUCAACUUCCUAUGCAAGAUCGGUGUGAAGCUGCCAUUACAAUCUAUUAUGAAGCUCAAGCUCGCCUCCAAGACCCCAUCUAUGGUUGCGUUGCUCAUAUAUUUUCCCUCCAACAACAAGUUGUGAAUUUGCAAGCACAGCUUGAGAUUCUAAAGCAACAGGCAACACAAAGCAUGAUGACUACUGAUACUCCAUCCUUAGAAAACCCUAAUUACUAUCGAGACACUAAGCUUCAACAACUUCAACAAUCUCUAGAUCUCCAUCGUCAUCAUAAUAGACAUCAUCAAGAUAGAAGUUUGGAUACAGAGUCCGACUCCGAUCUGAAAAAUAUCAUGACGUCUUACUCUGAAUUAGAUCAACACUUGAACACCUUUAAUCAGUAUCAUAAUGGCGGCAAUGAUGUUCUAUCCGCGAGUUUCGGGUACAUCUCGUAUUCGUGAUGAUUUUGGUGAAGAUAGGGUUGAACACAUCAAGACGCAUAUUAAUUAAUCUAUAGUUUUAAUUUAUAUCAAGUUUAUACCUAAUAUAUGAAUGAAAUGUUUUUGAUCGAUUUAGUUUCUGUUUGAUAGUUUUAUAAAUUUAAUUUACAUCGGAAUCAAAUCGUCAAAUAUAUUACUGGGAAACAACAAAUGGCAAAUCCCCAAGCAGCUCAACUUAAGCCAUGGGGAAAAUCUGUUUUGGCAUUGUAGACUGAUCAUUUGUUCCUUUUCUACUCUUGGAACCAAAAAAAUAAGAAUUAGCAACAAAUAAAUAUUAAACAAAUAAAAAAAUUAUUAAACAAAUCCUAAUCUACUAGUAGUAUAUAUAAUAUCUUUGGCUAUACAUAAGAUUCUUCCUUAUUUUUAUUUUGUCUUUGUAACCUCUCUUUUUGAACAUAAGUAUGUCAGGGAUUUUGUCAUUGUAAUUUUUAACAAUCAGUAAGAACUCUAGUUCAAAUGGAGUUGCAACGCUCAUCAGAGCUAUCAACAACGACGCACAGGUGAAAGAGAUUUUUGGGAUCGUCAAAGAUAUACAAGAACUCUCUUCUGUGUUUGUCGAGAUCUCUUUUGCUCAUGUUCCUCGGUCUUCCAAUGUGGAAGCCGAUCGACUAGCCAAACUCGCUCUUUCUGUUUCAGUUGUUUCUAACCCUUAGUGGGUCGACAAUGGGCCUGAGGCCUUCUUUAUUUAUGGAAAAAAAGUAUGUGUUACAAAAAAAAAAAAUGGAGUUGAAAACACAUUUAGAUUGUUGACUUCCAGUUUCUUGUCCCUUUUUCCUUGUUAAUUUCUAUAUGGAGGACGACUUUCAUGUGUUACAAAAUGUGAUUGUAUAAAUAGUAAUGGCCAAGACAUAUGCUUUUUUUUUUUUGUGACAAGGCCAAGACAUAUGCUAUUAACAAGAAGAAAGUGAUCGUGACAUCUACUCACUCUGUAAAUUAGUCAGAAUUCACAGUAAUGCGAAAACAUGUUGCUAGCAAAAAGCAUUUCUAUAUUAUUAUUAUUUCCAAUCUGACUGAAUCUUUUCUCACUAACUGUUAUAUGCCACAUUAGGGACUUGUUGUCAAUGUUUAAACACAAAAGUUUUGUGAAACACGAAGAUAGACCAAUCUGAAAAAGGAACUAGCAUUUUGUGACUUUUAUUAUCUCGCAUUAGUGAUCGAGAAAAGUAUUGUAAACCUAAUAGGGUCGUUUAAAAACUGCAAUGGGCUUACUUUACGAGUUGUGGGCCUACAGCGCACAGAUUAAAAAGAAAAAAGCAACUGCAAAAAUUAAUUCAAUAAUCACGGCCUGAGGAAAGAAAUUGUGAGGUGGGCCCCGAUAGCAAAUGACAUAAAGCAGGCCAGGCAACACGUGUGAUAUGUCAACACAGUCAAAGACUUUGAAUGUACUUAAGCCACCGGGCCCACAUGCGUUAACUCUUGCCGUUUCAAUCUAUUUCUUCAAUUUCUAAAGAACAUAUAAUUGACAAGAUGACAACAGUUCGUGUUUAUUCCCUGUCAAUUGACACGUCACUGAACUAAAAUUGUAUAUACGCACUACAAUGUUGAAGUUACUUUUUUUAAAAGGGUUGUUUUCAUUUCACAAAAAUAUAAUAACAUGCCCUCUCAUCUCAUAAUUAAAAUAACAUUUCUUCUACAGCCAGUUAACCUCGAUGAUGCGUUUUUUUCUUUUUCUCGAUAUUUUUAAUGUAUUUCAGAAAUACAUAUUGGCUUGUAUAUAUGAAUUCUAAACAUAUAUACGUUUUCUUGAUGAAUGUCUAAGUGGUGUUGUGAUAUCAUGCUUUGACCACCCUCUUUUGAUCUGUUCUAGUAUAUAAUAUUAGCAAGAGUUAAUAAAUUUGGUCUUUGGUAAUGGGCUCGAAGAGUUAGGAUAUCAUAUAAUAAACAAACACAUGUAUAAACGGCUUGACUAAGAAUAGGCAUCGCCGUACGCAUUGUUGUUCAUAAAUCAUAACUCACAAGUCAACCGUAAUUAAUAACCUUUUGAUAAGAAAUUUGGUUAGGAAACAAGUUCCAUGUAUCCCACCUAGAUCAUGUCAUACUUUAAAAUAUCUUAAGAUCGACGAGAAUUCACUCUAUAAGUAUUCGCUUUCGCAAUGAUCUAUGUACAUUAAUUGUUAUCAACUCAUGCAAAAUAACUAAUUUUUUGUGUAUAUAUGAAAAGCUGUUAAUGGUGAAUGUAUUAGGAAUCCUAAUUUAGGAUGUUCCACUAUCCAAAUUUCCAAUCUUUAGCAUAAAUGUCGAAGUAACCAACACGUUGAUAUGAUAAUGAGUAAGUAAUCAAUAAACUAAUAAAUUGACACAUUUUACCUCAAUAUAUUGUUAGCAUGCCAAAUGUUAAAACAAAAGACACUCUCAAAUUAUACUUUGUUCAUAACUGUCAGACUAAUAAACCAGGAUGCACUGAUCAGGUGCUUAAUUUAACUUGUUUUCCUUCUACUAUUUAAUAAGUCCUUUACAAUGCAUUGAUUAGUUAUCUCGAGAUUACAAAUCACAAAGUCCUUUCUCAAAAGACUAAAAGAGAACUUGUGACUUUAGAUGUGGACAACAACCGAAGCUUCUUGGUGGAGAAUUGGGUAAGAACUAGCUGAGAUUGAUUAGAGUUGGCAAAGCAAAACUGAUUAAAGAUAAUUAAUUGAAUUUAGUUUAGAAGAUUGCAUGCAAUUGAGGGGACAUUUUGUCUAAUAUUGCCACUACAAUUUGUAUGGGGGAUUGGUCCUAGCAUAAUUAACUAGACGCUGCUUAGUUAAUGUUAGGUAAACAUCUUUGCUUAAUGUAAUAUUAUUGCGUGGUCCAUUUAUAUAAUAUUAAUAAAUUUAUAAAUGAAAUGAUUUUGAUGAUUUGCUUCUCUGACAGACAAUCAUAACAUACAUCCCUCCUAUGUUCUUCAAAUGUUUUCUAAGAGAGAUUUGUUUAUCAGUUUUAUUUCUUCUUUAUUUAUUCGUAUCUUGAAAAUUUAGAUUUUAUACAGAAAAAUAAAGUUGACUUUUGUCAUUUAAAAAAAAUAUUUGAGACCAUAUGCCUUUUAGCCUUCGUAGAGAUGCGAAAAGCAAUUGUUAGUUGACAUUUAAUUACAAGCACAUACGCAAAUCAAUUCAUAGAGAUAUAUAAGAAUAUGUUUUUUUUAGGUUUUAA